UAAAUGUUUAUAUAUAAAUAUGUGGGGGAUUUUAUCCUUUAACGUUAUCUCAGACGUUAGUUAGUUGUUUAAGAUUUUUUUAAAUAUGAAUUAUAUACAUUUUUGCAUGUAAACAGUGCGAAUAACUGACCAAACCCAAGCACAAUCCUAAACAGGCCUGGAUGUCAUCCUGGGAUUUUCCUGUUGUGAAUGAACCGAAGGGAAGCUCACGAACGGCGGUCAGAGCGCCUUACAACACGAGGGGCAGCUUAGCUUCUGUGCGGUAGUCAAAGUGAUAAUGGCAGGAGUGUGUGGUUGUUGCUGUGGGGCUUUCAGGCCCCGCUACAAGAGGCUUGUCGACAACAUAUUUCCUGAAGAUCCAGAGGACGGGUUGGUGAAGGCCAACAUGGAGAAGCUGACGUUCUACGCUCUGUCUGCUCCAGAGAAGCUGGACCGAAUAGGAGCCUAUCUGUCUGAGAGACUGUGCCGCGAUGUGGCGAGACACAGAUACGGUUAUGUGUGUAUAGCGAUGGAGGCUCUGGAUCAGCUCCUGAUGGCGUGCCACUGUCAGAGUAUCAACCUGUUCGUGGAGAGUUUCUUAAAGAUGGUGCGCAAACUUCUGGAGGCCGACAAGCCCAACCUGCAGAUACUGGGAACCAACUCGUUUGUCAAGUUCGCCAACAUCGAAGAGGACACGCCAUCGUAUCAUCGCAGUUACGACUUCUUUGUGUCCCGCUUUAGUGAGAUGUGCCACUCCAACUUCGAGGACCCGGAUAUUCGCACCAGAAUACGCAUGGCCGGUAUUAAAGGACUGCAGGGAGUGGUGAGGAAGACGGUCAACGACGAGCUGCAGGCCAACAUCUGGGAUCCGCAGCACAUGGACAAGAUCGUACCAUCGCUCCUGUUUAACCUGCAGUCCGGAGAAGGCACAGAGAGUCGUUCUCCGUCUCCGCUGCAGGCCACCGAGAAAGAGAAGGAAGGCCCGGCCGAGCUGACGGAGCGCUGUUUCCGGGAGCUGCUGGGCCGCGCCGCCUACGGCAACAUCAAAAACGCAGUCACUCCUGUCCUCAUGCAUCUCGAUAAUCACUCUCUGUGGGAAGGAAAAACAUUCGCAGUGCGCUGCUUUAAGAUCAUCAUGUACUCUAUUCAGUCUCAGCACUCUCACCUGGUCAUCCAGCAGCUCCUGGGCCACCUGGACGCUAACAGUAAGACCUCGGCUACGGUGCGCGCCGGGAUCGUUGAGGUUCUCCUGGAGGCAGCUGCUAUAGCCUCCAGCGGAUCUGUAGGCCCCACCGUGCUGGAGGUGUUUAACACUCUCCUCAGGCAUCUGAAGCUCAGCGUGGACUACGAGCUCAGCGGAUUUUACGACGCAACCACGACAGGCAGCAAAACCGUUAACGAGCAUGAAGAGAGACAGCUCCAAGAAGCUGUCAUAAAAACAAUAGGUUCCUUUGCCAGCACUCUGCCUACAUACCAGCGCUCCGAGGUGAUGCUCUUCAUCAUGGGGAAGAUCCCAAUUCCUGGAAUGCAGCUUUCACUGCCACCCACAGGAUCUGGGCCUGAGGGUGACCGGAUGAUCCAGGUCAAGUUACUGAAGUCUCUAAGACAGGUGACGUGUGGCUUCCAGAGCACGAACAUGCUGACGGCUUUGCCCAGCUCCUUCCUGGACCCGCUCCUGUCCUUUGCGCUGCUGGAGGACGCGCACAUCCGCCUGCUGGUCCUCGAAAUCCUCGUCAGCCUCAUCGAUCGCCAUGACAACCUCCCAAAGCUGUCCACCAUAAGAAUCAUCGCAGACAUUUCUGUGCUUAAACUCCGGAUGGAGAAGUGUUCUCGUCAGGACAACCUGUUCAUGAAGAAGCAUGCCCAGCAGCUCUACAGACACAUCUACCUGUCGUGUAAGGAGCAGAGCAGCACACAGCCACACUUCGAGAUGCUCUACUCUCUCCUCGCUCUGAUCAGCAUGGAGCUUGCUAACGAGGAGGUGGUGGUGGAUCUCAUCCGCCUCGCUCUGGCCCUGCAGGACUUGGCUUUAGUCAGUGAGGAGAUGUUGCCGGUGUAUAACCGCUGUGCUGUUCACGCUCUCACCGCUGCCUACCUCAACCUCAUCUGCCAGCUCACCACCCUGCCCACCUUCUGCCAGCACGUCCACGAGGUGAUCGAGAUGAGACAGAAGGAAGCCUUGUUUCUUUUGCCAGAAGAUGUGUUUAUUGGAAGUCCAAAGCUUCCAGAGACGCUGGAAAAGCCAGCAGGAGAACUUCUGUUCCAGCAGUCCAAGAUCGCCGAGGUGCUGGGAGGAAGUGGCUACAACACUGAGAGACUCGCCACUCCUUACAUCCCUCAGUUCACAGAUGAAGACAGGCUGUCGAAGAGAAAAAGUAUCGGAGAAACAAUCUCUCUGCAGGUGGAGGUUGAGUCCAGAAACAGUCCAGAGAAAGAGGAGAGAACACCAGCUGAGGAAAUCACGUUUGAAGCACUGAAGAACGCCAUCGUGGACAGUGUCGGGAUGGAGGAGCAGGAGCGAGAGAGGAGGAGACAGGUGGUGGAGAAGUUUCAGAAAGCACCGUUUGAGGAGAUCGCCGCACACUGUGGAGCCAGAGCCACCAUGCUGCAGAGUAAACUCAGUCAGAUCUUCGAAAUCACAAUCAGGCCUCCUCCCAGUCCCUCAGGCACCAUCACGGCGAGCUACGGCCAAACCCAGACCCGCUCCGUCCCCAUCUACGAGAUGAAGUUCCCUGACCUGUGCGAACCUCCAGCGUGUUGUAUUUGCACUGUGACUGACGUCGACACGACCACAUCAUGAAGAGAAAAGCCUACAGGGUGCCAUUACUUUUACAACACAGCCUCUGCUCGGAUCCGGUCGCGUCGUCUUCCGUGUUCAACGUCCGUCUCGUGUCUCCGAAUUCACCCGGGAUCUAUUUUUUAAAGCGGAGGUGCAUGCUCUGUCGUCCUCUAACGCCAGCUUUCGUCUAGGUUUAGUGUUUUAACUAGUAGUGCUGGUUUAACUCGCUGUUAACUAACGUAGUUAUUAGAAAACGGCUUCGUCCCAGUUUCGUUCAGUCAACCGUUUUUAACACGUAUGUCCUUAUUGGUGCUAUUUUUCUUUUAUAAUUUGAUAGUUUACUGACAUUCACAUCAGAAAACUCAGACACUAUACUGGAUAGCGGAUAGCUCGAGUAAAAAAAUUUUAAAUCGUCACCAGAUUUUUUUUUUUUUUUCGUUUUAUGGAGAUUUAGUCUGAUCGAAAUGAUUGAAAUACUAAACGUUUCUGGGUUUCUGCAGGUUAGCACUUUGCAUUAUCGAGCUACAGACACGCUCGAGCGUAUCGCCGUAUUUUGCCGUAUACAGGACUAAAAAAUAAAUAAUAAUGAUAAUAAUUGCACUGGAUAAAAUUUCCGUGAACUGUAUUAAUGCUCCGCGAAUGUAAAUUUUAGAGAUUUUAUUUAGCUGCUUAUUUUAAAGCGUCCGUAAGCAACUUUCUUUACGUUUAGUCAUAGCAUACGACUGCAUAAUACGUAUCUAACGAUCUCGAACGUACGUGCGGAUACAAACAAUCUUAGUUUUAGACCACGCUGGCUUUCUAACGCCGAGCUCGAGGGAAUUACAGGUGACGAACUAACCAGCAUGAGAUUUUACUACCAGGAAGAGAAUUUACAAGAAGAACGACGCUUUACGUACCGCCGCAACCUCCAGAGGACAUGAUAUCCAGAUAAAACACACAGUUACAGCUGAACGUGUCCAGGACAUUUCAUCGGAGUCACCACUGCAGGUUUUAACUGUUUUUUUUUUGUUUUGUUUUUUCAGAUCGCAAAAGUUCAGAGGUUUUUGUUUUUGUUUAUUUUUUUAUAUUAGCGUGUCAUCUGUCACUGACGGUUGUCUUUAAGUUCUGUUUUUAAGUAGCAGAAGAAUUCUCUCCUACGUGGUGUUGAGGUAUAACCGUGAUCGCUCCCAGAAAAAAACAUGUCAUUUUUUCACCGUGGUGACAUGACCACGCGGUCGUCUGGUCAACACGUCCCCAUUAUAGAUGUCUCACCGUCGUGUGUGUCACAUUUUCUGUGUCUGUUUUAAAGAAUUUUUAAAUUGAAACCAAAAAAAGUUCAGACUUUUUUUUUUUUUUUAUGUUGUGUUUUGUUGUGGCUCAAAACUCAAGAUGUAAACAUUUUAAUACAAAAGAACUGCUUAGACUUCACACAAUUACAAAAACAAUUCUGUUUAAUAUUCUGUAAUUGUGUAUUGUGUGUUUUGGAUUUGAAUUUUUUUAGUACAUUCGGUUGGUUUUGGACUCGAGUGAAAUGCUUUAAUUGGUCAGUGUUAGUUGUGCAAAGCUAGAACUUUAGCUCAGGUUAAAAUUCUGUUUCAACACAAAACGAUUCAAAAACACGUUCGGAUCGUCGUAGCAGUUUGUGUACAGCUCCAUUUGUGAAUCUGAGUGUUCAAGUAAGGAAGGAGGAGUGUGGCAUUGUGAACGACCUGAAUUAAAAAGUUUUGUAGCAUCAAAUUGAAAUCUUUAGUUUUGAAAUUUAUUUGAAUUUGAAAUGAACUUUUUACAUCUUUUUAGAAAAUGUAAUAAAAUACACCACCAUAGAAUACAAUAUCAAUUUAAUACAAUUCAGAUAGAGGACAUCAACUACAAAUGAAUGAGUAAUUAGUUAAAAAAAAAAAAACAAUAAAGUGGGUUUAAAAUUUAAUCUGAAUUUUUCUGCCUUAAUAAUUUCUAAUAAGUGAACUGAACAAUUUAGAUUUUCAUGAAAAUUCAGAUUUACACAAUUUCACAUCCAAAUUCUAAAAGCUCAACAAAUACUCUACAGCGGUCGGUAUGAUCGGUAAGAGAUUAUAGAGAUUGGAUUCGGAAAUUUGAACACUUUAAGAUGUACUUUUUAUUAUUAUUAUUAUUUUUUUAACAGGUUCAAUUCAAUUUCGAUUAAUGAUCAUUUGUCAAUUUGCAGGCAAAAGCCAGGAUAAAAAAAAAACAAUGAAUCCUUUAAUUAGUUUUAUUUGGAAAUGGAAAAUAGGAGUUCUGUGUAAAUUUGUUUGUCUGCUUUUGAUGUUUCCCGUACAUUAUUUUGAAAGCAAAAUGAACGUGAAAUUGAUUCUAAUUGAAAUAUUAAUAUUAUACAUUCAAAUGUCAAAAAUUAUUUGAGAUUUAUUUUUUGGCAUAUACAAUAUUUUCUAAUGCUAUGAUUUAAGCUUCAGCUCAAGUUAAAAGUAAACUGCAUUCAUUGAAUCUUUUAACCUAUUAUUAUUAUUAUUAUUAUUAUUAUUAUUAUUAUUAUUACACGUUAUUUUGUUUCUGUUUAUAAUUGUUCAAAUUGUAACCAUUUCCUUGAAGGCUCUGGCAGGUUCAGUUGUAAAUCUGAGGUGUGUGUGUGUGUGUGUGUGUGUGUGUGUGUGUGUGUGUGUGUGUGUGUGUGUGUGUGUGUGUGUGUGUGUGUGUGUGUGUGUGUGUGCGCGCGCGCGCGCGCGUAUCGGUGUGACGCUGAGGCCGAACAGCGUGGGAGAGACGUGUUGUGUGUUCUGUAUUUUGUGGUGUAAAUGUUCCCGAUGGUGAAUGAAAGUGGUGUCUGUGUCCCGUCUCUGGACUUGUACAUCUGUAGACUUUGUUUUUUAUCUGUCAGUGCAGCAGCUGCUCAAUAAAACAUGUUCAUUGAUGA